AUGACUGCAAAUACUCUUGACACUGUGGUCUUCGCUAUCCCCUCAUCAGAAAGAUCACAGUUAGCAACUCCAGUACAACUAGAUGCCAGCAUCUCCUUUGAACUCAGGAUUGGCGGUAGGAUCCGAACGCUGUCAACGACAAAUGCAGGGGAUGAUUUUGAUAUCCGAGGCUUGCUCUAUGUAGCGGACCUCGAUCCCGAAGAUCCGUGUAAACAGAUGACAGCCCCUUUUAUACCAGCAAAUGCAACUCGAAAAUCCAAUCUUCCAAAUGUAAAUAUAUUAAUAUCGAUUGCUCCUUGGGUCUCUCCCACGUGUACUUUAUCUUUCUUAGCAGCACAGUCACGAAGUUCCUCACUUGCGUCCAUUUUUUAUCGACCAGAUGCAUCGACUGACACACCUCCUCCAAUGGACGAUCCGCUUUGGGAUCUAAAUGAUGGCGGCAAGUGGAAAGCUGCAAAUAAAUUCCCUGUCUACGCGAUCCCCGGUGAAUAUGGUACGACGUUGAUGCGUGCAUUGAGCGAGUAUUCUGGGGAUUUGGCUGAGGUUCCACAUGGAAGAGACUUGGCGAGGACAUUUGACGACGAUGAACUUAUUCGGAUGUAUUCAAAAAUUGGCCUAAGGAGCAAUGGUAGCAGCCUCCCAAGCAUCUGGGUUUUCCUUUUAGCUGUGCUAGGGAUUCUGAUUGGUAUUGUCCUUUCCUUAUCCAUUGCCGUGCGGCUAGUUCAAAUCCACCGACGCAGCGCUCUGGAAAGGAGAGUCGCAGCAGGAGAAGUUGAUCUAGAGAUAUUGGGUAUUCGGCGACUAAAUGUCCCUCGAACCAUUUUGGAUAAAAUGCCACUCUACAUACAUCACGAAUCGGGAAAAAAUGAAUUUCUGACGCCACCUCCACCGGCAGAAGUAAUGCCAAAUCAUCCUUCUGAAGAAUGUCAUAAAGGCCCCGUGGAUCAGAAGAGACAUUUUCUUCAGCUGGUAUCACCUUCGAAGUGCAUAUCAAGUGCAUCGCAGGCUCUCUUUACACAGAAAUUGCAGUCUCUACCAAUGCCCACCCCUUCACUAAAAUCACAAACCACGGUUUUUGGUACCAACCAGCGAGGCCACAAUCAGCUAGCGUUCUCACAAACCACCUGUUCUAUCUGCCUCGAUGACUAUGUUAGCGGCGAAACCACAGUCCGCCAACUUCCAUGUCAGCAUUUAUUCCACCCAGAAUGUAUCGACAAUUUCCUCUUACAGAACAGCAGUCUCUGCCCAGUUUGCAAGAAAAGUGUUCUUCCCCGUGGAUAUUGCCCCGAGAAAAUAACCCAUGUCAUGGUUCGCCAGGAGCGGCUUGCUCGCCAGCUUCGAGAGGUCCAAAAUCGCAACACAGGGUGGGUCAUGACGAUUCUCAGCCUAUUACCCCAACUGAGAGCCAAUGAACGACGCAGCGGUUUCCGCCAUCCAGUUACAGAUAUGCUACGGCAGUCGAGAAAUGCCGCCCAAGCCACAGUUACGCCUCCAUCUACAACCACCUAG